AUGAUUCGAUCCCCAAACACCUCCUUUCUCCCAACACUUCCCCUCCUUCUGCUGCUUUUCCUCCUCACAGCCCAAGCAGCUCAACCCAGAUUCCUCGCUCAGACCUGCAAUUCCUCCUGCGGCGAGCUCACGGGCAUCACCUACCCAUUUCGCCUCACCACCGACCCACAAGGCUGCGGCGACACCGACUACGAGAUCUCCUGUGAGAACGACAAACCCACUUUGCAAUUCCACUCCGGUAAGUACCACGUCCGCCGAAUCUCCUACGGAAGCCGCACAAUUCGCGUCGUCGAUCCGAGCUUCUUCGCCGCCAAUGGAACCUGCAUCGGCUUGCCUUCCCAAUCGCUUUCCGUUAUGGAAUUGAAUGAGGACUCCCGUUACAGAGGAUUCGCUUCCAACAUCGAGACCAGCUUUGUGCGAUGCAGCGGUAAUAUCACCAUCCAAUCUUACAGGAGAGUACCUUGCUUGAGUGAUGAUGAUGGGUUGAAUUCAGUUUAUGUCAGCUACGGGACUUACAUAAUUUCUGGGCUCAAGGGUCCUUGCUCUUUCCUCGCUAGGGUUCCCACGAUUUAUCAGGCGGUGAUGGGUCCGAGCUAUGAGAACAUUAUGUUGUUGUUGCAGGAAGGGUUUGAUCUUGGAUGGUCUGUUGAGUGCCAUGACACUCCGUUCACCUAUGAAUGUCGCAGUCCAGAGUACUACGUUUAUGGUGUGGUUUCAUUCUUCGCCGGUUUUCUUUCCAGUGUUUUCUUUGAUGUCACUCUGGUGGCCAGGUUCGUCCUCGCUCCAAUGGUGGUUUUUGGGUUCCUGAUCCACAAGUACAGAACAACACAGAAGAGUACUGUUACAGAAAUGGUGGUGGCCAAGAAUUCUUCUCUUGUGGCUAGGAGGUACUCUUACGCUGAUAUAGUUGCGAUGACGGAUCAAUUCAGAGACAAAAUAGGCCGAGGCAGGUUUGGUACUGUGUUCAAGGGCAAACUGCCUGAUGGUGGUUUGGUCGCGGUCAAAGUGCUUGGUGAUCCAAUCAAGCUCGCUGGCGAGGGUUUCGUGAAUGAAAUCAAUGUAAUCGCUAGAGUUCAUCACAACAAUGUGGUUAGGCUUCUUGGAGUUUGCUCUGAAGGAUCUCACAAUGUUCUCGUAUUGGAUUACAUGCCUAAUGGAUCGCUUGAUAAGUACAUAGCUUCAAGAGAAGAGGGAACAAAAUUCCAGCCUCUUAGCUUGGAGCAACUCCUUCAGGUUGCCUUGGGGACAGCUCGAGGGAUCCGGCAUUUACAUGAGGGAUGUGAUUCAUGCAUUCUUCAUAUGGAUAUUAAAUCUCAAAAUGUGUUGCUGGACCAUGGUUUUGUUCCAAAAGUUACAGACUUUGGGCUGUCCAAAUUCCAUAAUAAGGAGGGAAAGGAUUCUUUCUCCAUGGGGACUCCAAGAGCUGAUCUCCGGUACGUUGCACCAGAAGUGCUCUCAAAUGGCUUGGGAGAUGUUUUGUGCAGAUCAGACGUGUAUAGUUUCGGAAUGCUGUUGCUUGAAAUGGUCGAAGGGAAAUGGCUGGCCGAAUCAAAGGGGAAAUCUUCUUCCCAAGUGUACUUCCCCAUGUGGGUUUAUGACCACUUAAGUGAAGGAGGAGAUUUGGAGCUACAGAAUGUUACUCAACUCGAAUCUGCUAUAGCGAGGAAGCUGUGUGUUGUGGGAUUAUGGUGCAUCCAAAAGAGCGUGUCACAGCGUCCAUUGAUGGCCAAAGUUGUGGAAAUGUUGGAAACCAAUGGUGAUCAUCUGCAGUUGCCUCCAAACUCGUUCUGCUUUCCAGAACAUGUUUCCGCCAAGGACCUUCAAUCGGAUUCUUCCAGACAAUUAUUGAUACCUGAAUCUGUGGAGCCAAGCUCGUAG